AUGCCACGAUUGGAUCGUUUGGAUGAUACGAUGUUACGCGGAGCCCAGUUAGUAAUGCAAAUAAUGGCCAAGAAAAUGGAACUAAAUGCAAAUCUUGAUAAAGAAAGAAAGCGUGCCGGUAGUGCUAUUACCAAAGAAAAUAUUGGAAGCGGAGGAAACGGCGUGGGAGUUGGCCCGCAAAUACAUUUCCAGCAAUUCAGCCAUAAUGCGGAAAAAGCGAAGAAAUCAAAGGAAAGGAACGAUUGGUUUACUGAUUUAGCUCAUGGCAAACCUUUGGCAAUACUAGCCCGGAAACCACCGUUUUUUCGCAAAAAGGAGGAUGCAUUGGAAUACUUGUGUGAUUAUAAAGUACCAGUUAAUCGAGCGCUAUGGUUUCUAAAACUAAUUGCUGUCGGUGGUCAAGGAUGCAGUAGCAACGUUAAUAAGCAGAAGAAGUCCACUACUGAUCAACUGGCUUCUGAACUCGCAUCACUUUUCGCGAAAUUUGUUAAACUAAUGCUCAAUCAAAUGAGCGAUAGUGCCAAACUAGAAUCGAAUAUUGUUUAUACCGAUCGGUGGCCACAUUUUGUGUACAUAUGUAAACAUGCCUACGAGGAUGGAAUGGUCGAGAAGCAAGAAUUUUUGAUGGAUUUACUGGAUAUAUUCAAUGACCGAUUUGUACAGCCUAUUGAAAAUCAUCAGAAUGACAAGUCAUCGAUUCAUUCUUUUUUGCAUCAUGGAUCCGGACUUGCUUCAAGCGGCAAUCAAUCUCAUUACAUCACAUUAUUCCGUCUUUUCCUUCUAUUUAUUUGUCAAUACACGGAUCAAAUCACACAGAAUAUAGUCCUGUCGAAAAGAUGCGCAUUUUUGAUAUGUCAUAGAUUGGAACUGUAUCGGGACGAAGCUGAGGAGCGGGAAGGCAGGUCAGUGGAUUGUGCUGAGCUGUUCGAUGAUAUGCAGCAAUGUAUUCAUCAGCGUGCAAUAAUUCUGACACUUUGUGGUAUGCUACAUGCUAUACUAAUUGAUUGCCCUGCUGCUCUGAUAUGGAAUAAAUAUGAAGUAUCACCGGGACGUCCACCUACCAUGCUUCACCAGUUGUGCGGUUCACCACUGGAUCAUCUGCCAUGUCCGUUCGAAAGUCUUCCUUUGCCACCAGGUCAUGGCACCGAGCGACUGCAGGAUUUCAUUCAGCUUCGACUGGCUGAGGUACGACGACGUUCUCGUGCUUGCGAAAAUAAGUGGUCACUGAAUUAUGCACAGAAGAAGGGCUUUGCAGCUAUGGUUUUGCAAUGUCUGGAAAUAGUUGGUGUACUUGAUUCAGCACGUUUGGAUCAAUCAAACUGCAUCGAAAAGAUCUAUGCAGUAAUUUUUAACGGACCCUCAAAAGAAAGCUUUGAGCACGAACAUGCAAUCCGCGUGAAGAUGCUUCUGCAGUGGGCAGUAACAAUGGAAAGGGAAGGGACUUAUCGUGCGAUACUUGUCGCUCAGCUACUCGCAUUCCGAAUUAAUCAUCGGAAAACGUUCAAAUUUGGUUCAUUGACUUUGCAAGAAAUAUUACUGGAAUUUCUUGUGACAGAAGGACCCGAUCCUGAAAGUACUGACAAAAACCGUUUUUGUCAAGAGUUUGGUAAUCUGAUGCUCCUCUUCAUUGAGUUGGAACGUGCUGGUGUUUUUUCCCAUGAUUUCUAUGUGAAGGAAUUGAUUCGGACUGGUGAAAUGUUGGAAUAUAUGCCAUUAAUGCAAAAAGUGAGGAAACGGAAGGAAGAUAAACAAAAGCAGCAUCAACAGUCAUCCAACACGACUAUGUUAUCAUCGACAUUUGGAUCUCAACCCACUGAAACAACUGGAGCACUUCUAGCGGGCGCUGUAACGACACCAUCUUCACUUGUAACAAUGCCAUCUGAAUUACCUGACGAGCAUCCUUAUAUAUGGGAAGAUUUAUCAAUUCAUGAAAGAUUGUUGAUACAUUUACCCAUUCCUCAGUCUGCUGAAUACAGAAGCGAAUGCAAUCAAAGAUCUCUCCUGUUGUACGGAAUUGGUAAUGAACGUGAUGCUGUAAAACUGGAGUUGAGACGCUUGGCACGUGAAUUAGCAAAACUUUGGCAGAAGCGAAUUGUCGUCGAAUUUUCCUUCAAUAAACCGUUGGAAAUUCGAUUUAAAAAACGAGCUACACGUGAACAGCUUCAAGAAAGCAUGGCCAAAUUUAGAUCAUGUACAUACUAUGAUCAGCUCGUUCUCUGUGGUUGGUGCUGUGAAUCAUUCAUUCAAAUGGUGCAGGAUUUUGUUGAUGGACAUAGUUGUGUACUACCUACUGCUGAAGGACUUGAUAUUAUCUUAGAAAUGUGUGAGGUUGCACAGAAUAUUGCUGGCAUUAUGGAACUCGCUGAAGAGUUACUGCCCCUACUAGUGCUAAUUGAACGAGUACUUCUGGAGCGUCGUGUUGACUGUGUUCCAAGUAAUAUAUCAGCUCAGCUUGGUUAUGUUCUAACUGCAUAUAUUUCUCAUAAUUAUUAUUAUUUUCUCUAUUCUCAAAAUGCACCCAAUAUUGUACAAGGGCUAUAUCGAGUUAUUGAAAGUCAGUUGAAAUCAUCAGAUUCAUGUUUAACUGGUUGGGGGCGUACUAUUGCUGUUUUUGUACUUGAUGCAAAGAAACAACUUAUCGAAACUGGCUUAUGUAGCCGUAAAAUCGAAGCAAAACGCGAACUGCUAAAACGGGUCAUACCACCCUGGAAACCGACACAUAAUACUGGUGAUAGGAAUCCAUGUGGAGGGCAGCGAUAUGCGUACAAUGCUAGCACAUUCAAAGAAUUACUCGAGGAGCCGAAGCGAAUAUUCUCUUUUAACGAAUAUCGUCGCUUGCAUGCGGUUAUCGAUGGAACUGAUGAUGCGCGAUACAGUUUUGUUGUCAGCGCACUGCUUGCUGCAGUGCGCGGAGCCGGCAGUGUAGGCGGAAAUGAGAGUUCGGGCAUUGGUUGCACAACGGCAGCGGAAAGAGUUACAGGGGAUCGGUUAGUUGAAUUGGCAAAUAUUUGCGGGCAUGUUAGUGCUCAAGCAGCUCAGGCAGAGAAAUAUUUGGAUUGGUGUGGUGCUCUUCAGGCACUCUGCUGUUCAAGUUUGCAAGGCGGAACUUCAGCAUUCCCGGAUCUUCUGAUGGAAAUCAAUGUGGAAGACUCAACAUGUCACUAUAAUAUCGCGACAUUUUAUAUGUUGCUGGCGGGACGUAGCUGUUUCAGUAUAAAUGCAUUGGUUCAUCAACUACUACAUACAGCAUUGAAGUCAUUACUUAACUGUGGAAUUGGUAAAGUGCCGGAUGCGGAUGCAGAGGCGGGUGUUUGUCUGGCACUUCUGGUACUAGCUAAUAUUAUAUGCCAAAGUGAUCAGCCCAUCAUUCUUUCACCACAAUAUACUGGUGAGCGAAUUAGUUCGAAUAUCUGUAAAGCAGAUCGGUGGAUCUUAACGGAAAGUCAUUUGCAUGACGUGGGCGAUGAAGUUUGCGCACUACUGGUUACAAUUUGUAUGAUUGCUGAUUACACUAAGCAUAAACUGAGAGAUCGCUACUCGGAUGAUGCAAAAUCGAUUGAUCAGCGUGCAUUUCGUCGUGAGUAUAUAGCAGAACUGUCGAAGGGAGUACUAAUGGCAAUGUGCGAGCAGGAAUGGGUCACGCAGCGCAUAUAUAGACGGUGUGAAGAUGGUGCAACGGAUUGCUUCUCCUCUCAUCAACUUCGUAAAAACUGCUUGGGUCAACAGUUAUUACGUAUGGCUUUACGAAGACGUAGUGAACGUGAAAUAGUACGUGAAUUAACUAUCUGUAAUGGAAAUAGUAAAAAAUCACUGAUCGAUAAACUGCUGAAUGUUUUGAAUAUAUGGAAUACACGAGCAACUUAUUUCGAUUUUAAGUUAAUGAUUCGAGAGAUCUCACCGGAAGGUUGUACGAGUAAACAUGCUCAACAAGGUGCGAUUGCUGCAGAUGCAUUGCUUGGUGAGAUUGGCAAAUGCUGUCGUGAUUUAUUUACACAGUCACAUAAAUCGGAUAAAAAAUUGCCACCAGCUGCUGUCGGCAAAGCUUUCAGAUUGAAAGAUAUCACAGCUUACUGGCUGAUUAGUCCUUUAGUGCAUGCCUGUCCACGACCGGGAAAUUUGCCAGCUUCAUUCCCCGCGAUCACUGUACAAGGAAAAUUCCUCAAGGAAGCAGCGGCAAUGCUUGAUACUUCAUCUGAUAAUAACAAGGAACGAAUUCAACAAAGUGCAUGGUUGCUGAGUCAAGAGCCAUUCUUGAAUCUAGUACUUACAUGUUUGAAUGGUGAAGAACAACAGCGUGAUGGUUUGGUCGGUUCAAUGCUGAAACAACUGCAGGAGUUGGCACUGAAAGCUAAAGAUAAUCCUCUUUUACCAUAUUUGCGCAUAUUUUCGUUAGAACGUGAAGGAGUCCUGUUGCGCAUAUCCUUGGUUGGAGGUAUGUUUGACUCAGUAUGUCAUACUUCGAUUUGCGACACGUGGGCAUUAACGCUGUUUCAACUAAUGUUGUAUGGAGUUAUCUCAAAGGAACGAGACGGAUAUUUGUUCGAUUCAUGUUACGAUAUGUUAUCUACUCUGCUGGUGUGGUCGAUUACUGAUCCGAUGAAUGCAGCGGCGAUGAAUGCACAAGAUCCAGAUACCAAAUUUCGAUUUCCCACCUACUCCUUGAUUGUUAAAAAAUUGCGAAAGGAAUUAAAUGAACGUGCAUUAAUUCCCGAACUUCGUUCAUUGAUGCAGUUUUUACCUAUCCCAAAGCCCCAAUUCGAGCUGAUAACGUGCGAACCAUAUGGCACUAUACCAACUUCACCACAGAAACUCGGCAAGAGUCAAUCGCAAGGACAAAUAAUCCAAACGAUAAAAGCUAAUCGUCACGGAUUGCAGUUUGCUGAAAAAGUGAAGUUGUCGGCAUACGAUAUGAUACAAUACCUGAAUGUUGAUUCAACUUUAUUGAAGCGUCCCUGGAAUUGGUCAAUGUUACAGGCUGUAAAACUAGAUCGUUUACCAGUCCCCGUACAACGAUACAUUCAACGUUUAGUACACCAUUCGCAUUACAAUGAAUUUGUUCGUCCAACGAUUUGUGGAAUGGAUCGACCGCCCAAUUUAGAUAUCUAUCUUUCACCACCGAUGAUGGAUGUGUCGGAGACACCGGCAACUUUGCAUCAUGUGUCUUCCAGUGCGGCUACAUCAACAACUACAUCUGCCAGUUCCACGAAUGUACCGGUAUCCUCAGGUGGUACAGCCAUGGAUGUGAGCGGAACAUUAGGUCCAGUGACACAAGGUCGUGCAAUGGGGGGGUAUCAGUCAAAUGCCACUCCUAGUUGCACAUCUGUCCCCGAUGGAUCUGCGCCAUCUGGUGCUCCUGGCGCACCAAAUGCUGCAACGACGAUGAUAUUUCCAGGACAAGGUGGUCCCAUGCCGACGUUACCUGAUCUAACAGGGCGAGGUCAAAACAGUGCGUCGCCGAGAGGUGCAAGAGGUGGACGUCGCAAAGCAACAGGUCUUUCUACUCGUUCUCAAGGUACCACUCGUAAACAACGGCAGCAGCGACAGCAAACUGUUGACCAGUUGGCUGCAGCAGCUGCAGCUGCGGCUGCCGCUGCACAGCAGCAGCAACAAAUGACCGGUACCGUUAGUUGUAGUAGUGGCGGCCCACCGCCGCAGCCGACAUACCCAGGCACCUGGGCCACUGGUCCACAGCAAACAGGUGUACCGCAGCAAUUCGCAUCUGGGCCUUCAGUGCCUUCAACUGGUGCGGGGCAACCAGGCGCUCCAAUGGGUAGUCAAACGACAGAGGAUUCGAAAAUGAAGAUUCACUCGAUGAUCCUGCAAAAGCGACAAGCACAAGCUGCUAGUGGUGCUACUGCAGCACAACAAGGUGGCACAGGUGGACCUCAGUCAGCUAUGCAAGAUGUUAACGCCUACCAAAUCUCCGGCGGACCGGGACAAUAUGGUGGUGGUAUGGUAAUGAAAGUGGAGACGGGUGCUAACUCUAUGCAAAUGGCUGAUCAUGCGCAGCAGCAGCAACAACAACAACAACAACAGCAAUACGCCCAACAGCAGCAGUUAAUCCAAAUGCAGCAAGAUACGCAAGGGGGUACCCAAUAUGUUAUACAUCAUCAGCAACAACGGGGCGGUGUAGCUUAUGGGCAGCAGUCGGUGCAGCAGGCAACUUAUGAUUCUCGAUUCAAUCAACAGCAGUUGUCAUAUGGGCAACAGCCUCACCAGCAACAGCAACAGCAGUAUCAUCCUUCACAACAAUACUAGGAAUCGAUAGUUGUAGCUUAUAAAAUUUAGAACUUUUACGACUCCAAAAUUUGGGAAAUGAA